AUGUUUAUCGGCAUUUGCGGCAGUAUUUGCGCGGGAAAGCGGACAAUCGCCCGGUACUUGGUGGCCCAUCAUGGUUUCACCCAGCUUUACCUCGAGCCGAGUGCCUACACCGCGACAUACGUCCAAAUCCCUAGCGAGGAAAACAACUCCCAAAGCAAGGACGGCGUCAGCACCCCAGAGAGCACCCCAAACAACACCCCCGAGGACACGACCCCUCCACAACACACCUUUUCCACCCCCGAGGCCCUUCUAGAAUUUGUCACCGCGCACUGGAACAAGCGCUGGGUGACCACCGCCCUCCCAUCCGAGGCCGUCCUCGACCUCUACGCCCGCCGGCCCUUCUUCCUCCUCAUCAGCGUCGAUGCGCCCUUGACCGUCCGCUGGCAGCGCUAUCUCAUCCGGCGCAACGCAGGCGAAGGAUACCUAGCCUCCGUCUCUCCCUUCCCGACGAACCUCCCCGGCACGCCACCCACCCGGUUCGUCGUCGACAGCUUCGAACGCUUUGCGGCCCUCUCCGACCAGCAACUCUUCGACCCCUCCAAAGGUGCCCACCCCCUCCUCUCGCGUGCCUCCAUCCGCCUCCUCAACACCUCCCCCUCCCUCGCCGACCUCUACGCCACCCUCGGCAAGCUCGACCUGCUCGACCCCAACCGCCUGCGCCCCUCCUGGGACACCUAUUUCAUGGCUCUCGCCUCGCUCGCCGCGCAGCGCAGCAACUGCAUGAAGCGGCGCGUGGGGUGUGUAGUAGUGCGCGACGGACGGGUGGUGUCGACGGGGUACAACGGCACGCCGCGCGGGUUGCGGAACUGUGGGGAUGGUGGGUGUGGGCGGUGUAAUGCGGGCGGGACGGGGUCGGGACAUGGGCUGGCGACGUGUUUGUGUAUUCAUGCGGAGGAGAAUGCGUUGUUAGAGGCGGGGAGGGAGAGGUUGAGGCAGGGCGCGGUGUUGUAUUGUGAUACGUGCCCGUGCUUGACGUGUAGUAUCAAGAUUGUGCAGGUUGGGGUGGAGGAGGUGGUGUAUAAUCAGGGGUAUAGUAUGGAUGAUCAGACCGCGGCGGUGUUCCAGGAGGCGGGGGUGCGGUUGAGGCAGUUUGUCCCGCCCGCCAAUGGUCUCAUCCACCUCGAAAAGCCAGAACUCUACACCUAA